CUCGAGAAACGAGGAACGUAGAGGCACGCUAAAGCAUUUUAUUUAAACGAUCGAAUGAUUUGAGCUGCGCGUGCACACACUAUUUAGAAUUUUCUGAUAUAAAUUAAUUGAAACAUUAUAGACAGUCGUUCAGUCAGUCAGUCGGUUGAGUCUUAUCUAUAUCUAACCAUUCCGAUGAACGGGUAGCGGUUAUUAUUUCGGCAUAAAACGGCAGCGAUUCAGUUAAAUCAGCGCAAAUCAAGCAAACGUGUCGUCGGGGCAACGGCUAUUUAGUACAAGCGACUAAAACUUAGUAACUACCUGUAACAGCAGCCAGCCGCAGAUUUCGUAAUCCAAGCAAAAUAAUAAAAAAAACACACACACACACAAAUCAAAGAAUACGGGCCUAGCAUAAAAAGAAAAACGCCUCAGGCUGAGUGAAAGUGCACCUUGUUGGUUUUAUACAGUGAAACAAUAAAACAAAAAAAAAAGAAAAUUACAAAAUUAUUUUUGAUAUCAAAUCAAACACACAAAAACAAAAAAAACACAAUGAGCGGAUACACAGACCUCACUAAACUGGAAACUAGUCGGAACUGCCUGCGUCGCAUUGCCCGUCACGAUGAGCAGCAAUUCUCCAAAGAUAGCAUCGUGAAUGUUAUGGAGAAGUUUGUGAAAACUGUCAAUAUAAUGGAUGAUACCAUUUUAGUGCCAUGCAGGCUCAUGGAUCGACAGAUCGGUGAUAGCAAUGACAUUAUACCUGCCACUGGCAAGGACACAACCGCCAAUCAAUUGACUGGCAAACGUGGAGCUCAACACUCGAAAAAUGUACAAGAUUUUCUCAGCGCCUCUGAAUUGUUCAAUCUCUAUAAUAUGUUAAACGCAUUGAAAAAGGAUCUAUUAUGGACCAAUCAAGAGGAAGAAACGCACAACGAACAACAACAACAACAACAAAAACAGCAGCAACAAGAACAACAACCCGCCACAAAUGCCAGCUCAAGUUCCAGCUCCAGCUCCAGCUGUGAGACCAAGACUGAGUCCACACCAAAAAGCCAUGUUAAGGGCCAUGUGCGACGGACCUCAACCGCCUCGAUGAUGUCUACCACAUCGGUAAGCAAUAUGAGCGAUUCGGAUUCAGAUAUCUCACAGGAGAAUGACUCUGGCCUGGAAUCGGAUGGCAAUAAGAGCGAUAAUGCCCAAAGUAGCGAUGGCAGUGAUAUCGAUGCCUCAUGCCAGAAGCAAUCAGCCGAUAAGGCCACCGAAUUGGCAUCACGUUGUCGGAGACAUUUGAAUGGUCUGUACCAGUGCCUGGAACAAAUGACAGAGGCGGCCAACUAUCUGACCGCCAGAUACCAAAGUGAUAUUGGACCCGUCUAGUGUGUGUGGGGGGAGUGAAGCUGAUGUAAAUCAAGAUGGAGUCCAACUAACUCUUAAAUCUAACUGUAUGCGUGGUGUAUGAACCAAAAAAAAAAAACCAGAAAAACAAAAAUCAAUAAGGAAGAAUGGCAAAUAAGUAAAUAAAAAAAAAACUGUAUGAGGGUUUUUUUUUCCCACUCUCUGUAUGUAAAAUAGUUAAAUCUAUAAGUCCGGGGGGUGCUAAGUAUGUGACCUAUAUGUAUAUGUAUAUUGUAAUAUGUAUAACUAAUUGUAUAUGAUGAUGAUGAUGAUGAGAUAGAUAAUAAUAACGUUUAACUGAUAGCAAG